AUGAAUGAUUUGAGGGCUCGAAUAGAGCAACAAGCUUGUGUGGAAGAUGACGCUACUUUAGUACAUGUUACGGUUGCUGAAGAAGAAGUCAGACUGCCUCAACCAUCUAGGACUGAGCAGCGAAGGAGGGAUGAGCAGCGCAAGAACUAUGGCCAAAGGAACCGCUCCACAGUAGAAAAUGAAGAGGAAAGGACUAAGUCUUAUGAAGGCAUCACUACCGUCUUCAAAGAGCCGAUAUAUAGGCUCGUCGAGAAACUUAAAGGGGAAGCCUUUUUUGUCUGGCCAGCUAAAAUGUCUGGAGACCCUACUCGGUGCAAUCAAACACUGCGUUGCACCUAUCAUCGAGAGAAGGGACACAAGACGCAAAAUUGUAGAGCUCUUAAACAACACUUGGAGGACUUGGUUACGGCGGGACACCUCCAACAAUGGAUAGACGUUGAUAAGACGUGGGAAAAACAAGGACUAGACCAACCCCCUCCUGAAGAGAACCAUGCCCCGAGGUUGGUCAUCAACGUUAUCCAUGGAAUGACUGACCCCGAGAGAGAAAACACCAUUCGAGGAGAAAUCCAACAAGCCACCCACAUUCAACAGGUAAUGUCGGUAGGACCUCCUCCUAAAAAAUCCAAGACAGAAGCCAGACCUUCUCGGUUUAACAUCGUGUUCACCGAGAAGGACCUAGAGAGAAUCCAGCACCCCCACACCAAUGCCCUCAUCGUUACAGUUGGUGUGGCCAACAAGUUCGAUGUGAAACGAGUCUUGAUUGACCAAGGGAGUGCCGCAGACAUCAUGUAUUAUGAGCUUUUCAAUAAGCUUGGCCUCAAUGAGCAACACCUGUCACCUGCCACCUCCCCUUUAGUUGGCUUCAAUUCGCAAACAGAAUGGCCGCUCGGCCGAAUAACUCUGCCUGCCAUAGCUAAGUCCAAGGUGGUUUCUGUUGACUUCUUGGUGGUAAACACCUAA